AUGGGUCUUCCGGUCUACGAGAUCUCGCAAGUGCGCAUCUAUCCCAUUAAGUCAUGCCGCGGCAUCACCGUUGACUCAGCCGAUCUCACCCUCUCAGGCUUCAAGUACGAUCGGAAGUGGAUGUUUGUAGAUGAGAAAUUGCAAUUCCUCACCAUUCGUGAAAGGCCACAAUUGACGCUGAUCAACACUGCUAUCGAUGAGAGUAAAGGGCUGCUCAAGAUCACGAUCGGCAAUGAUGAGAAUAAAUCGAUGUCACUUUCUCUCAAUCCCACCGAAGAAUGGCUCAAAGAGAACACUAAACCCGCCGUAGUUAGUGUCUGGGGAAUUGAUGCUGAGGCACUUGUCUACAUAGACCCAAAGAUUCAAACUCUUUUCCGAGACUUUAUUGGUCAGGGAACUGAUGUCUUCCUCGCAGUGGUGGAUUCCGAUAAGCCUCGCCCGUGUCGUGGCAAUGCUGCACCGGACCUCCUGGGUCGGAAAGCGACAAUUAAUUUUCCAGAUGAGAUGCCCAUUCAGAUCGCAUCUGAGGCAUCUAUAGCUGAUCUGAAUGCCCGGCUCAAGGAAAAGGGACUCGAGGAGAUCACGAUCGAACGCUUCAGGCCCAAUAUCGUUAUCAAGGGCGCUGAAGCCUGGUCAGAGGAUAACUGGAAGACAGUGCGCAUCAAUGGCUCGACCGCUCCGCUGGCUUCGUAUUUGCCGUCGGCCGUCUCAAACCUGACAGGUUCGAUUGACAUUGAUGUCGCUUCUCGUUGCCCGAGGUGUACCAUCCCCAACGUCAACUCUGAAACUGGAGAAAGGAGUAACAAGCAGCCUUUCGAUACGUUGAUGACCUUUAGACGGAUUGACGAGGGUGCUAAGUGGUUCCCCUGCUUUGGCAUGCUCUGUAUUCCAAGAAGCGAAGGUCCGAUUGAGGUGGGUAUGAGGUUCGAGGUGUUAUCCACAACCCAGGAACAUAAAUUCAUCAAGGGCUACUCAUGA